UAAUACCGUAACUGUCCUUUUCCCCGUCGCCUUACGCCAAGGGUAGGGGGUGUGCAUAGGCAGAAACAAACCUAUGCUUAAAACUUUCUUAAGUGAAAGUUCAUACUUCCACUAGUUUGUGUUUUAAGCCUCUUUUCACUUGCUUACUUAAAGCCAGUGGAGGUUUUCCCUCACCGCUUGUAUUUUUGAGAACAUUCAGGACAACGCUGACAUCCAAGAUGAUUGAUACAGUCACCGGACCCGCACCACUGCCCUUUGCUGUUCAGCUCAAGGCCAUGAUUGAUGUGGAAGGUCGAUACCAACCAAAGCUGGGUGGUUUGAGGCUCAUCGAGAGCGCCCAGGACAACGGCCUGAGAAUGACAACUAGACUGAGAGAGAUGGAGGUGAAGGACCUGCUGUCUCUGACCAGGUUCUUCGGUUUCAGCUCGGAGACCUUCUCGCUCGCCAUCAGCUUGCUGGAUCGAUUCCUCUCUGCAAUGAAGAUUCAGCCAAAGCACCUGUCCUGUGUGGGCCUGUGCUGCUUCUACAUUGCCAUCAAGUCCUCUGAAGAGGAGAGGAACGUGCCGUUGGCCAAUGACCUGAUCCGCAUCAGUCAGAACCGCUUCACCGUGUCUGACAUGAUGAGGAUGGAGAAGAUCAUCAUGGAGAAGCUCUACUGGAAGGUGAAGGCCCCCACAGCCCUCCGCUUUCUCCGCCUCUUUCACCGCCACGUUCAGGAGCAGCUGGAUGCUGAGAGCAAGAAGAUACUGAGCCUUGAGAGACUGGAGGCACAGCUGAAAGCCUGUCACUGCUCAUUUGUCUUCACCAAAAUAAAGCCAUCCUUGCUUGCUAUGGCACUCCUGUGUUUCGAGGCCCAAGAACAGCAUGAUCCGGAGCACGUGGACAAAAUAUCUGAGGUCCUGAAAAACCUGCAGCAGCAGCUUAACAUCAAAGACGGGGACCUGGUCUGUGUGCGGGAGUUGGUUGGAAAAUGCCUGGAUGAGUACGCCACCACCAAGUGCUUCAAGCCCAACGGCCAGAGACUCCGCUGGGUUAUUUCGGGAAGAACAGCACGUCAGCUGAAGCACAGCUACUACAAGAUCACUCAUCUUCCCACCAUCCCCGAGUCAGCAAACUAAAGCCUGGGCGUACAAGUGGGUGACACUGAAUGUGGCGAAACAGAACACCUGUCCCCGGAGUUACGUCGCCGUUUUCUGGCUAGGCGUAACUUUUAGGGCGAUUUGCUCACAUUCCUGUCCCACAUGUACAGCUCUACUAAUUUUCCUUACAGAUAUUCAUCUGCGAUGAUGGAUUUCUUUAAGGAAAAGCUAAAUUGGCAUUUUCUGAAAUUGUUUUGUCAUCCUACACCGUUCAAGUGCACUGUAUCUUUAUUCAAUCUGUCCUGCAGACGAGGAGUAAUGCUUUGUCAGAAAGGUUGUUCCUGCUGCCAUCUUGCUAAGUUUUACUUUCUUGGUUGAGUUGCUUGCCCAGGUGUACAGUGUGUUCUCUUUUAAAUCCGUACCGAGGUGUUUGGCGUUUCCUGGAACGGGUUGCUGGUUUAAAGCUAACAAGUAUAGAACCACCUAGGUCCUCAGUCCACCAUGUGGAAGAGGAGGGAGAAGGAUUUUGUGAACAGCAAAAAUGGAACCAAGAAAUCAGGCCCAAAAUCCUUAACUCUCACCCUAGGUUGCUAAGCUGUCCUGAAUGCACACUCCUACCCAAGGUGAUGAUUUUUUAUUUUUUGUUUCCCCCCCUCCUCGUGGACGUGGCGAGGAAACUGGUUUUCACCGCCGAGGUGAGGCCAGUGACGAUCCUGUCAUUUACGGCUGAGCGCGCUGUUUAAGCCUGAAUGUAGACAGCAGUUACAGAUGCGUUGUUUUCCCCAAUUUGUGGACACAGAGUGAAGCACAAGUGCCGAUUUCAUUUGUGCUGAGAACACUAAAGAAGUUUGUCAUUGCAGUGGAAAUGUGGGUUGGGAUUUCCCUGGUUGUGUCUCUUUAGUGAUGAAAACGUGUUCUCGGAUUGCAAAUGGAUAAUCGAACACACCAUCUGAUUAACUCAUGUGCUUGUACCUUUCAAUAAAACUUUAUUGAAAAGC